AUGGAUCCCACAAAACUCAAUCUUGACGGUCUUACCCUGUCCGAUGAAGGUCUAACCCUUAACCUAGAAGCUGAACCUGAAACUGCUGCUGACCUUGAUCAUUGUCUGAUCGGUGGAGUCCUAGCUGAUCGUGAAAUCCAAUUCGCCUAUUUCAGCGAACGUAUGUCUCGCGCUUGGAAGCCAGGCAAGAGGGUCACGAUCACUAAGUCUGUGGCUGAUCGCUACUUGUUUCAAUUCCAUCAUAAGGUCGAUGAUGCUCGCGUCCUUGAGGAAGGUCCUUGGCUCUAUGAUAAUUUUCAUAUUGUCUUGGAUCGUAUUGCUCCCAGUGCUGUACCAAACCUUGUCCCGUUGAAUCACAUAGAGUUUUGGGUCCAGGUUCAUGGCUUGCCGUUUGGCUUUGUCCAGCCAAAAGUUGGUCAAGGUAUAGGAAGCUUCUUAGGCACUCUUAAGGCUUAUGAUGUCCGUAACACAAUUCACAGUUCCUAUAUGCGAAUCAAAGUGGCCAUAGAUGUCACUGUUCCAUUGAAAAAAGAGUGGCGUGUCCGUGCUAGUAAUGGUAAUUUUGUUACAGUUAAUUUCAAAUACGAAAAACUUGGUGUAUUUUGUCACAGGUGUGGAGUUCUUGGCCAUACAGACAAGGUUUGCCCUGAAUUGUUCGAGCUUGACUCAGAUGAUGGUGUCCGUAACUGGGGCCCGUAUCUCAAACCAGUCACUCAACGUGUUGGCACUGCUGCUACCAAUCGCUGGCUUCAAGACCCUAUUCCCGCUGUCACUCCAUCACACAACUCAGAUGUUGCUGCUGCAUCAGUUGGCCGUAAAACUCAGACUGCAGGGACAGGUGUUGUCACUAACUUUCAUGACCGUAUGACUGCUUUUCAAACACAACUCACUGCCAUGCGACAUGAUGUGCUUGCUGCCCAGAAUGCUGUGUUAGUUAAAAAAGGUAAAGGUGCUCAUUCUGCUUGUCAAGUGCACUUGCUGCCUUCCUCUUCAACAGGUACCUCGGCCUCAAAUCUGCUUCCGGAUCGCCCUAUAGUUCUUGGGCUCCCUGCUGCUCCGCUUUGA